CAAGUGGAUCAGCGUGCUCAUGGUGCUCCAAAUGGCACACCAGGAAGCGAGCUAAAGCCAUGGCAGGCGCGGCGCAGUCUGUGGCAGCUGAUGGCCUUGCAUGGCCCCGCAACAAAGAUGAGUUGAAAUUCGACAAACCGCUUGGCCGCGGAUACUUCGGUGAAGUAUGGCGUUGCUACAGGUCAUCACGGUCUUCAUCAUCCGUUGUGUGGGCAGUAAAAAAGAUUCCGCGCUCACUCAUUGAGCAGCAUAGCCUCACCGAACAGAUGGAAAGAGAGAUAGAGAUCAUGAGAAGUCUGAGACAUCCACAUAUUGUGGAGCUUCAUUUCAACUUCCGCGACGACAGCCAUGUCUAUUUGGGUCUGGAGUUUGCUGAAGGCGGUGGCAUGUUCGACCUCCUGAGCAAGCAGGGCAAGUUCUCAGCCGAGCGAUCUGCUCAGCACUUCUAUGAGGUCUGCGACGCCCUGGAAUACCUCCACACCCAAAAGCCGCAGAUCAUUCAUAGGGAUAUCAAGCCUGAGAACAUUUUGCUCGACAAAGAUCAGCGAGCAAAGCUGGCUGACUUUGGGUGGUCGAACGUGCUCGAGAACGUAUCGUACAGGGCCACCUUUUGCGGUACACCGGACUACUUGGCUCCAGAAAUGAUCCGUGGAGAAGGUCACAAUGAAAGCCUGGACAUGUGGGAGAUGGGCGUUCUUCUGUACGAGAUGAUGGUGGGAAGAUCGCCCUUUGGAGGUGCCAACCAGGAAGAGACCUGCCGCAACAUUCUGCAGGUCAAGUUGAAAUUUCCAUCCGACAUGGAGCCGUUGGGAGAGGACUGCAUCAAGCAGCUUUGCCAGAAGAAGGCAGAGGACCGGCUCACGGCAGCACAGGCCAAGAGCCACAAGUUUGUGCAAAAGUACCACGCCGUGGCAGUGAAGAAGGAACUUCAGGAAGACAAGUCGCGGCCUUCUGUGGAGGCGCGCAACCUACAGCGGAAGAUCGAGUUGCAUCAAAGUGAGAAUCUGAACCUCCUGCAGGACAAGGUGAAGAAGGAAGCCGAGUUUUGGGCAGAGCAGGAGAAGCUGGAGGCGCGAGAGCAAGAAUUGAGAAAAGAGAAGCAUGAGCGGGAGAAGGUCAAGCAGGCGCUCUUGGAGUUGCAGGCCUUGGAAGAGCAGCAGCUCGAGGAGCUGAAGGCUUUGGAAACGGCAGCAGAGCGGCCAGCAGCUCCCUUGUGAGAUGCAUGGAUGUCGUUGCUGUGCCUUGCAUGCGCUACGACAAUGUAGGUUCCGCUGCUUGGGUGGAAA